AAAUACGUCUCUACUCUCUACGGCUUCAUCAAGCGAGAGACGGAAGACACGAAACAAGCAGCGUCCCGCGCGGUGUGACGCGCCCACCGCGCUCUGGCUCCAGCCCCUGCGUCUCUCCUCCUCGCCUCCUCCUCGUCCGCACGACCACGCACGCUCGCGCAGUCGCUUCGCCGCUUUCAGAUCCAAACCCAGCGUGUUAAAAAAGCGCUCAAAGCGACCAAAACCCUAACCCUAAUCACCGCAAUUCCUCAAUCCCCGGCACCGCGCAAAACCCUAGCCCAGCCCCACCGCCACAUACCCGCCCCUCUCGCCGCUGCCGACAUGGCAGGCCCAUCCGGCGCCGCGGCCUCCUCCUCCACUUCUCGUGGCGUGCCGGAGAACCGGUUCUACAACCCUCCUCACGUACGUCGACAGCAGCAGCAGGAGCAACAGCGGUUGCGGUCCGCGUCCCCGUCCCCGUCACCGUCGCCGUCGCCGCGGUCGGCACGGCAGAAGCCCCCGCCGCCGCCGGGGGCCCUGGCCUCGGCGGCGGAUGUGGACAGUCGGGUGGAUUCUGACGACUCCUCGUCGACGACCUCGUCCAAGCCGUCGGUGGCGUCCACGGCGGCGGGGAAUUUGGAGAGGUUUCUCACCUCCACGACGCCUUCCGUGACCGCGCAGUACUUGCCCAAGACAAGCCUAAGGAUGCGGCGGGGUGGUGAUUCUAUGGAUUCACGGCCUUAUUUCGUUCUGGGAGAUCUUUGGGAAUCUUUCAGGGAAUGGAGUGCUUACGGGGCUGGUGUUCCACUGGUGUUAAAUGACAGUGACUCUGUUAUUCAGUAUUAUGUGCCAUAUCUUUCUGCUAUCCAACUAUUUGCGGACCCAUCUAGACCAGCUUCAAGAAACAGUGAGAGCAGCAUUGAGAAUGAUGUUGAGCGGCUAAGAGUCUCAUCAUUACUAGAAGGUACACAUCGAUUGGAAAAUGGUGGCGUACGAAGUGAUGAUGGUAAAGGUGAUGCAUCUUCAAGCUUUCCAAUAUUUGAGUAUAUGGAGAGGGAUCCUCCAUAUGGUAGAGAGCCUCUGACAGACAAGGCAUCAACUCUUGCACAUAGAUUUCCAGCUCUGAAGACGUUCAAAAGCUGUGAUCUGCUGCCAUCGAGCUGGAUGUCUGUUGCAUGGUACCCCAUAUAUAGAAUUCCAACAGGGCCAACACUGAAGGAUCUCGAUGCCUGUUUUUUGACAUUCCAUUGCCUAGCAACGCCUUGCAAGGAUUGUGACCCUCCUACGCCAGCAUGCCCUGGCUUUGGGGGGAUCAACCGCUGCACAGCUGCAUCUGGGAAGCUAUCUUUGCCUACCUUUGGGCUGGCACCGUACAAAUUCCGUGCCUCCAUUUGGAUACCUGACGGAACCCAAGAACAGGACCGCGUCACCUCACUGAUGCAGGAGGCUGACAGCUGGCUCCGCAGAAUACGAGUAGACCAUCCGGACUUCCGGUUCUUCGUCUCCCGUUCCAGUACGAUGUGGAGAUGACUCGCGGCUGUAAAUGGUUUUUCUUUUUUAGUAUGAUUACCGCCUCGCCGUACAAACUGAACCCCCUUCUGGUGCACCAAGUGCCCUCUCGUAACGGGGGUUGUAUGAAUUAUAAGCCUGCAUUUUUAACUUUUUUCUUUUCUUCCGUGCCUCCAAUAAGUUGUAACUGUUGUAGGUUUGUUUUGUGGGAAAGUAAAGAUGGAUGGUGGAAAAAGGCAGAUGUAGAACUGGAAUGAAAGAGGCAAAAAUAGGACAAAAUUGAAAGGUAACUAUUAGAGUUGAGAAGUCUCAGUGUGUUCAUUCAUGUAUUGUAUUGGAUGUCGCUCACCGGAGUCCAGAGGUGCCAUGGACGAACAUGCUGAGCCUAUGUUACCCCCAAGUACAACGUUUAUUUGUUUUCAUAAUAUAGGAUGCUGAUGUAUCUUUCUCAUGUUAUAGUGCACAAGUCCGUCAGUCACCUGU